AUGAUCAAUAUCAAAAAAUUGAUUAAAAAACGUAUAAUAUCAGCGAACCCCGAAUUGGUUCUUGAUGCACCAAGAAUGAUUAAUGACUAUUAUUUAAAUUUAUUGGAUUGGAGUAAUAAAAAUAUGGUAGCAGUUGGAUUGGAUAAAAAUGCAUUUGCUAAUACUAGUAGUGGUGCUAGAAUUAUUGAUAAUAAGAUUUCUAGUCUUUCUUGGUCUGAAGAUGGUGAUCAUCUUGCCGAUCUAGGGAUGAAGCAUGAUGUUAGACUUGCACGACAUAAAUUUGCAGAAUUACAUGACAAUACUAGUGAAGUUUGUGGUUUGAAAUGGAGGAGUGAUGAUGAACAAUUGGCUAGUGGAGGUAAUAAUGACAACAAAGUUAAUAUUUGGGAUGCAAAAUCAAGCAUUCCAAAAUUUAUUAAAACCGACCAUAAAGAUUCUGCUAUUGCAUGGUGCCUUUGGCAAAGAAUUUUGCUUGCAACAGUUACAUCAAUUGUUUGGUCAAAUCACUACAAGGAGGUAUUAUCAAUUCAUGAGUAUCCAAGUUUUCGAUUUAUAAUCUGGAAAUAUCCUUCACUAAAGAAAAUUAUUGAUGUUAAGGAUGCACAUGAGAAUCGUAUUUUACAAUCAGCUUUGAGUCCUGAAGGAGAAAUUGUAGCAACUGUGGCAGGAGUAAAUAUAGAUUGUUGA